AACGAGCGUUAACCUCAAUUUUUUGUUUUUUGUUUUAUUUUGAUUUGAUCAUCUCCACACUCGUCAAAUCGUGUGUCCUCGUUGGUAUCGUUAUCGUAUCAGCUCACACAAUCUCAUUCCUUUUCCUUUCAUUCUUCUGUUUCUCGAAUCCUUUGUCUCCCUCCAUGGCUUCCUGUAGCCUAGGAGUUCCGAAAAUUAAAAUCUCAGCAGUAGACCUUAGUAGAGUAAGAUCUGGAAGCUUACUGAUACCAUUCAAUCAAAGAUCAUUGCUUGGACAAAAGCCGGUGAAGUACUUGAGUCUGAGGACAACUUUUGGAACUGUGAAAGCUGUCCAAGUGUCUACUGUCCCAGCUCCUGAAACAUCAGCUACUAUAGAAGUAGAAGAUUCUGACGAGACCAAGUCAUCUAAAUUGAACGCUCAGCUUGUUCCCAAGCCCUCUGAGGUGGAAGCUCUGGUCACUGAAAUAUGUGAUACCUCGUCAAUUGCAGAGUUUGAAUUGAAACUGGGGGGUUUCCGCCUAUAUGUAGCAAGGGACCUAGCUGACAAAAGUAGUCCACAACCUCACGCAACUCCUGCUGUGGCUGCUACAAGUGAAACUACUAAUAGUACUGAUUCGAAUGGGUCAGCUCCUUCUACUUCAUUGGCUAUCACAAGACCAGCAUCCUCGGCUGCUGAUAAGGGUUUGAUGAUUCUCCAAUCUCCAAAAGUAGGGUUCUUCAGGAGAUCCAAAACCAUAAAGGGUAAACGUAUGCCUUCAUCAUGUAAAGAGAAAGACCAAGUGAAAGAAGGCCAAAUUCUCUGCUACAUCGAACAACUCGGUGGCCAAUUCCCAAUCGAGUCUGAUGUCACCGGCGAAGUUGUCAAAAUACUCCGAGAAGAUGGAGAGCCUGUAGGAUACAAUGAUGCUCUCAUCUCCAUCCUUCCCUCCUUCCCAGGGAUCAAGAAGCUUCAGUAAAAUCAAAUUCGAGCUGGUUUUGAGUUAUGAUGACACUGUGCCUUGUGUAUGCUUUUAGACAAAUAAAUUCCAUUCAUAUUUGUGUUCUGUUUGUCUUUUGCUUGUAUGAAAGUUUUUCUUUAAGACUGUUUUAUUCUGUGUUUUCUUAUAUAAAAACACAUUAUGGUACUUUUUUUUUUUUAAUCAUACAUAGAUGAUUACAUCCA